AUGUCUGCUUUCAUCCCCCGUGCAGCUUCUCGAGCUCUCCGCUCCGCCGCCCGCCCUGCGCUGCGCGUCCAGCGCCCUACUGCUACACCGUUCCGCCGCGGCCUCGCGAUUCCGGCUGAGCAGCCACGCUUGAGGAUUGGGUCGGUUGCGCCUGACUUUGAGGCGCAAACAACACACGGACAAAUCAAGUUCCACGAGUUCCUCAAUGGCAAAUGGACCAUUCUGUUCUCGCAUCCUGCCGACUUCACACCCGUCUGCACCACCGAGCUCGGUGCUUUCGCCAAGCUCAAGGGCGAAUUUGACGCUCGUGGCGUGCAGAUGCUGGGACUUAGCGCCAAUGACCUCAGUUCCCACGAUCAGUGGGUAGACGACAUCAAUGAGACACAGAACACCAAGGUCCAAUUCCCCAUCAUCGCCGAUGCCGACCGCAAAGUCGCCUUCCUCUAUGACAUGAUCGCGCAGGACGACCUCGACAACAUCAAAGAGAAGGGCAUCGCAUUCACCAUCCGCUCUGUCUUCAUCAUCGACCCCGCCAAGAAGAUCAGACUUAAGAUGGAUUACCCUGCAAGCACUGGCCGCAACACCGCGGAGGUUCUGAGGGUGGUUGAUAGCCUGCAGACAGGCGACAAGAAGGGCGUCGUGACGCCAAUCAACUGGAACGUUGGAGACGACGUUAUUGUCCCGCCGAGUGUGACCACAGAGGAUGCGAAGAAGAAGUUUGGAGAUGUCAGGGAGAUCAAGCCGUACCUGAGAUUCACGAACGUUGGAAAAUAA